AAAACCAGAACCAAAACAAAACCAAACCCAAAUCCAAUAACAUAUAUUUUUUCAAAACCCUAAACCCUUUUUUGGUGUUUUUGUUUUCAAAUUCAUCAAUGGAUUUCCACAGCCUUACAAGGAAAGAACUCCAGACUCUUUGCAAGCAAAACAAGAUCCCGGCCAACAUGACCAACGUCGCCAUGGCUGAUUCUCUUGCCGCUCUUCAAUUCGUUGAAGGACUUGAUGGGCUCAGGAACCAAUGUCAGUGGCCAGGAAAAACUGUUGCAACUGAAUCACCAUUGAUUCCACGGACUGCCUACAGAACCUCAACUAGAAAAAAAUCCAUCAAAGAAGAUCCUGACACCGUGCAACCGAUGACCAAAACCUGCCGCACAGCAAGGAAACCAUUAGACAAAGAUUUGGGGCAGAAAAACCAGAAUGCAAAUGUGGCGGAGACUCCUGCAGUGCCUGUAAGCAGCAGGAGGGCUCCAGCAGCUUCAGCUAGCAAAAAAAUGGGUACUCAAGUGAAGGACAAUAUGGAAAAAGAAAUGAGUUGUGGGGUUAAGACUGAGACCCCUAUGGCGCAGACUGGUCGGGGGAGGGUGGCUCAAGUGGGUUCAACUAGAAGAAAGUUGGAGGAAUCAGUACAACGCGUGUAUAGCACUAGGCGGUCAGUGAGAUUGCUGGAGAAGACCUUGGUUGACUUGAGUUUGAAAGAUGUAGCGAAGGAAGAGUCUGUGAAGAUGGUUUCCUUGGAUGAAACUGAGGAGAAGGAUGGCUCUGAAGUGAGUUUGGAAAAGAGUAAUGAUUCAGAAGUUUCUUUAGGUGUAAGUUUUCUCAAGUCUUUGGAGAAUGAAAGCCAAUUGAAAGAAAUUCAUGAGGAUGAGAAGAGUAAUGAGCAUGAAAAGGAAAAUAUCAAUAUGAGCACUCAGGAUUUUGUCAAUUCGGAUAAUGUUUCAGUUGUUGAUGGAAAGGAUGACAACCGUGAUGAGACUUGUGAUGCAUCAAAUGAGCUUUCGGCUGAGAACUCAAAUGCAAUCAAAUCUGUUGAUAUUCCAGGAAUGGAAUUCAUAUCCGAAACUGAGAAUGCUUCAAUUAAGGUGAUAGAACCUGAAGAAUCCCUUGCUACUGAGACGUCUGAUGAAAUUUCUGCUCAGAUGGUGGAGGAUGUUGUCUAUGAAGACCAGAUAAUAACCUCUCAAAAGAAUUCGGAGGUUGAUUCUGAUCAAUUUGUUGCCAAUUCUAUUGCAUCUCCGUUGAAGAAACAGGUUGCAGUUGAAUGUGUUGUUCCUGUUCAUCUGGACAAUUUUGUGGCAACCUGCAAUUCUGAGAGUCGAAAUAUUAGGAUAGACGAUGAGUUUGGGUCAGACAAAGCUGUGGUGACAAAUGUUUCUAUUGCCAAUUCCAUCGCUCCUCCAUUGAAAAUGCAGGUUGCAGUUGAAUGUGCUGAGAAAGAGAGUGUUUAUUCGGAUAAGGUUGGGGCAACCCACUGUUCUGAUGGUCCAAAUGCUGAGACAGACAAUGCGUUUGUGUCAGAUAACAGAACCCACAGUUCUGAUAAUCCAACUGCUGAGACAGAUGAUGAGUUUGAUUCAGACAAUGUUGUGGAUGAUCCAAAUUCUGAGACAGACGAGGAGUUUGAUUCAGAUAAUGUUGUAGCCCACAGUUCUGAUGAUUCAAAUGAUGAGACAAAUGAGUUUGAUUCAGAUGAGGAACUUGUUGACGUUCAUUUGACUAAAGCAGAAGUUCCCAUAUCUUCUGUAAAAGGACCAGAAGAUUUGAUUGAAACAGAAGUUCCCAUUUCUGAUGAUAUUGAUACAGAAGGGACUGAAGAAACAGAUCCAAAUUCGGAGACAGACGACGAGCUUGAUUCAGAUAAUGUUGUAACUCAUAGUUCUGAUGAUUCAAAUGAUGAGUUUGAUUCAGAUGACGAACUUCUUGAUGUUCAAUUAACUAAAGCAGAAGUUCCCAUAUCUUCUGUAAAAGGACCAGAAGACUUGAUUGAAACAGAAGUUCCCAUUUCUGAUGAUAUUGAUACAGAAGGGACUGAAGAAACAGAUCCAAAUUCGGAGACAGACGAAGAGCUUGAUUCAGAUAAUGUUGUAACUCAUAGUUCUGAUGAUUCAAAUGAUGAGUUUGAUUCAGAUGACGAACUUCUUGAUGUUCAAUUAACUAAAGCAGAAGUUCCCAUAUCUUCUGUAAAAGGACCAGAAGAUUUGAUUGAAACAGAAGUUCCCAUUUCUGAUGAUAUUGAUACAGAAGGGACUGAAGAAACAGAUCCAAAUUCGGAGACAGACGAAGAGCUUGAUUCAGAUAAUGUUGUAACUCAUAGUUCUGAUGAUUCAGAUGACGAACUUGUUGAUGUUCAAUUAACUGAAGCAGAAAUUCCCAUAUCUUCUGUAGAAGGACCGGAUGAUGCCAAUUUGAUCGAAGCAGAAGUCCCCACUUCUGAUGAUACUGACACAGAAGGGACUGAAGAAGCAGAAUUUUUUUGUGAGAACAAGACUCAAAAAUCUGUGAAGCAAAUGAACUCCUCAUUGCCAAUUGAUUCCGUCUCUGGGGACAAGACUCCAGGUUAUCAUCCAAUGUCACCGUUAGGAGCUGAUUCAAUUUCAGGCCAGUUUCCACGACCAACUCAGUCGACACCAAAGCAGACUUCCACCAAGAAACAGGCCACAUCUGAAAAAUUAACACUCCCUGCAUACAUUAAUGAGAACAUUGACAUCAGUGUGAUGCAGUUGGGUUCUAAAAUGGAAAACGUAAAGACGGACAAGAGAACAACUGAUGUUGACAACUUGCAGAAAUCAUUGAGCAAGAAAAGUCUAAGAGAGCUAAACAAGAUGCUGAAAGAAAAGCUUCAAAUAACCAACAAGAAGAACAAUGAAGAUCAUAAUGCCACCAACAGGAGACCGGCUCUGCUAGAGAAUGUUAUGGCUCCUGCUGACCCAACUGAGAUAAACUAAAAAUAAAACCGAGGAUGGAGACCACUUUUUGAUUGUGGUGAUUUCACUCUUUUGAUGAUCACAGAGGGAGUUCAAACCUCGGUUUGCCUCCAUUCUUUUGCUUCUUUCACAAAUUAGAAUCUUGAUGUUACUGGCUCAAUGAAAAACUCCUAAAAGGAAGUCGAUUUUGCUUAGACGACAUCCGAGCUCUUUUAUAUGAUUAAGACUAAAAUGGUCUUUUACUUC